GUUGGAUGACGAUGUCACAGUCAAGUACAGGUGUGUUGGAUGAUGAUGAGAUCACUGUCAGGUACAGGUGUGUUGGAUGGUGAUGAAGUCACAGUCAGGUACAGGUGUGUUGGAUGAUGAUGAUGAGGUCACAGUCAGGUACAGGUGUGUUGGAUGAUGAUGAUGAGGUCACAGUCAGGUACAGGUGUGUUGGAUGAUGAUGAUGAGGUCACAGUCAGGUACAGGUGUGUUGGAUGGUGAUGAUGAGGUCACAGUCAGGUACAGGUAUGUUGGAUGAUGAUGAGGUCCCUGUCAGGUACAGGUGUGUUGGAUGAUGAUGAUGAUGAUGAUGUCACAGUCAAGUACAGGUGUGUUGGAUGAUGUUGAGGUCACAGUCAGGUACAGGUGUGUUGGAUGAUGAGGUCAGUCAGGUACAGGUGUGUUGGAUGAUGAUGUCACAGUCAGGUACAGGUGUGUUGGAUGAUGAUUAGGUCACAGUCAGAUACAGGUGUGUUGGAUGAUGAUGAGGUCACAAUCAGGUACAGGUAUGUUGGAUGAUGAUGAGGUCACAGUCAGGUACAGGUGUGUUGGAUGAUGAUGAUGUCACAGUCAGGUACAGGUGUGUUGGAUGAUGAUGAGGUCCCUGUCAGGUACAGGUGUGUUGGAUGAUGAUGAUGAUGAUGAUGAUGAUGAUGUCACAGUCAAGUACAGGUGUGUUGGAUGAUGUUGAGGUCACAGUCAGGUACAGGUGUGUUGGAUGAUGAUGUCACAGUCAGGUACAGGUGUGUUGGAUGAUGAUUAGGUCACAGUCAGAUACAGGUGUGUUGGAUGAUGAUGAGGUCACAAUCAGGUACAGGUAUGUUGGAUGAUGAUGAGGUCACAGUCAGGUACAGGUGUGUUGGAUGAUGAGGUCACAGUCAGAUACAGGUGUGUUGGAUGAUGAUGAUGUCACAGUCAGGUACAGGUGUGUUGGAUGAUGAUGAUGUCACAGUCAGGUACAGGUGUGUUGGAUGAUGAUGAGGUCACAGUCAGGUACAGGUGUGUUGGAUGAUGAUGAGGUCACAAUCAGGUACAGGUAUGUUGGAUGAUGAUGAGGUCACAGUCAGGUACAGGUGUGUUGGAUGAUGAUGAGGUCACUGUCAGGUACAGGUGUGUUGGAUGAUGAUGAGGUCACAGUCAGGUACAGGUGUGUUGGAUGAUGAGGUCACAGUCAGGUACAGGUGUGUUAGAUGAUGAUGAGGUCACAGUCAGGUACAGGUGUGUUGGAUGAUGAGGUCACAGUCAGGUACAGGUGUGUUGGAUGAUGAUGAGGUCACAGUCAGGUACAGGUGUUAAGGGUCACUUCGAUAAAAACACUGUUGGACUGUCAACCACAACUUCCCUCCUUCCUCCAACCCUUCCCUCCCUCCUUCACUCUGUCUCUCUCCUCAUUGUGUUUCCAUGGAAACAGCAGGCAGAUGAAGUGGCUGUUUCCAUGGAUACAGCUCACCAUGGUAACUACUGUGUUGGGUGUGUUUUACCCUCUGAAAGACUGCAGGCUCUCAGCUCAGUCACGGGUCACAUGAUGCCUCUGUCACUGCUCAGGGGCGAAGGGGUUUCUGCUGGUCCUCGUCACCCUUCAUUUUGGCAGCCAUGUUAGAUGUAGUCCUCUCCUUCACAUCUGGGCUUUUCAAUUACAAAUUAAAUAUGGCUGGAUUUUAAAAGCAGAAGAUGUUGAGGGGCCAGACAUUUUCAGCAGCAUGCAAACAAGUUUUAAACCGGACAAUUAAAUGUCUGUCUAAUAUGCUGUUGUUUUGGGAUAAACUUGGCAGUGGGAGGGGUCUUUUCACUCAAUGUGUCAAAGGUGCUGUUCACAGGUGACCCUUGGUAAAGCCUCGCCCACACACACUCACAGACACAUUCACAACUUAAUCCCUGUUCAGAGUGCAGUUAAGAGAACAUCUGAAAAAGUCCAAAUUCAACAUAUCAUGUACGGAACAUUCACAGACACACACACAGAUUCACGUUUUGUGUGUGCAACCACAAAAGCAGCAGAUCUGGCCCAAUGCUGCUCUGAAACAGCCAUACAAACUGAUUGUACAUGAUACAGCUGUGUUAUCCUCCGAAAUAUGUUCACCUUACUGUGACUGUUCUCACUGCCAUUCCCCGGAAAUAUCAAUUGUAACCAAAUUAAUGACAGCAAUGAUCAUGUGGUUAUUUGCGCGUAUGAAACAAAUCAACAAACAAAUAUUUUAGCAUUUGAACUCGCACAACUAACACGGUGUUAAAUAUGCAUCACAUUACUAAGAUGUUGUUAGGUGGUACUAAUGUGUUGUCAGGUGUUACUGAGGUGUUGUUAGGUGUUACUAAGGUGUUGUUAGGUGGUACUAAUGUGUUGUUAGGUGUUACUGAGGUGUUGUUAGGUGGUACUAAUGUGUUGUCAGGUGUUACUGAGGUGUUGUUAGGUGUUACUAAGGUGUUGUUAGGUGGUACUAAUGUGUUGUUAGGUGUUACUGAGGUGUUGUUAGGUGGUACUAAUGUGUUGUCAGGUGUUACUGAGGUGUUGUUAGGUGUUACUAAGGUGUUGUCAGGUGUUACUAAGGUGUUGUUAGGUGUUACUGAGGUGUUGUUAGGUGUUACUGAGGUGUUAGGUGUUACUAAAGUGUUGUCAGGUGUUACUAAGGUGUUGAUAGGUGUUACUGAGGUGUUGUUAGGUGGUACUAAUGUGUUGUCAGGUGUUACUGAGGUGUUGUUAGGUGUUACUAAGGUGUUGUCAGGUGUUACUAAGGUGUUGUUAGGUGUUACUGAGGUGUUGUUAGGUGGUACUAAUGUGUUGUCAGGUGUUACUGAGGUGUUGUUAGGUGUUACUGAGGUGUUGUCAGGUGUUACUAAGGUGUUGUUAGGUGUUACUAAGGUGUUGUCAGGUGUUACUAAGGUGUUGUCAGGUGUUACUAAGGUGUUGUUAGGUGUUACUGAGGUGUUGUUAGGUGUUACUAAGGUGUUGUCAGGUGUUACUAAGGUGUUGUUAGGUGGUACUAAUGUGUUGUCAGGUGUUACUAAGGUGUUGUUAGGUGUUACUGAGGUGUUGUCAGGUGUUACUAAGGUGUUGUCAGGUGUUACUAAUGUGUUGUCAGGUGGUACUAAUGUGUUGUCAGGUGUUACUGAGGUGUUGUUAGGUGUUACUAAGGUGUUGUUAGGUGUUACUAAGGUGUUGUUAGGUGUUACUAAGGUGUUGUUAGGUGUUACUAAGGUGUUGUCAUGUGUUACUAAGGUGUUGUCAGGUGUUACUUAGGUGUUGUUAGGUGUUACUGAGGUGUUGUUAGGUGGUACUAAUGUGUUGUCAGGUGUUACUAAGGUGUUAGGUGUUACUGAGGUGUUGUUAGGUAGUACUAAUGUGUUGUUAGGUGUUACUGAGGUGUUGUUAGGUGGUACUAAUGUGUUGCUAGGUGGUACUGAGGUGUCAGAUCAUGAAGUUGUUGUCAUGUGGUUAAUAAGGUGUUGUUAGGUGUCACUCAGGUGUCAGACCAUGAAGGUGUUGCUGUGUGGUUACUAAGGUGUUGUUAGGUGUUACUCAUAUGUUGUUAGGUGUUAUUAAGGUGUUGUCAUGUGGUUACAGAAGUGUUGUUAGGUGUUACUCAUAUGUUGUUAGGUGUUAUUAAGGUAUUGUCAUGUGGUUACAGAGGUGUUGUUAGGUGUUAUUAAGAUGUUGUCAUGUGGUUACAGAGGUGUUGUUAGGUGUUACUCAUAUGUUGUUAGGAGUUAUUAAGGUGUUGCCAUGUGGUUACAGAAGUGUUGUUAGGUGUUACUCAUAUGUUGUUAGGUGUUAUUAAGGUGUUGUCAUGUGGUUACUAAGGUGUUGUUAGGUGCUAUUAAGGUGUUGUCAUGUGGUUACAGAGGUGUUGUUAGGUGUUACUCAUAUGUUGUUAGGUGUUAUUAAGGUGUUGUCAUGUGGUUACUAAGGUGUUGUUAGGUGUCACUCAGGUGUCAGACCAUGAAGGUGUUGCUGUGUGGUUACUCAGGUGUUGUCAUGUGGUUACUAAGGUGUUGUUAGGUGUCACUCAGGUGUCAGAUCAUGAAGGUGUUGUUGUGUGGUUACUAAGAUGUGAGUUGUUACUAAGGUGUUGUGAGGUGUUACUCGGGUGUUGUUAGGUGUUAUUAAGGUGUUGUCAUGUGGUUAAUAAGGUGUUGUUAGGUGUCACUCAGGUGUCAGACCAUGAAGGUGUUGCUGUGUGGUUACUAAGGUGUUGUUAGGUGUUACUCAGGUGUCAGACCAUGAAGGUGUUGCUGUGUGGUUACUAAGGUGUUGUCAUGUGGUUACUAAGGUGUUGUUAGGUGUUACUCAGGUGUCAGACCAUGAAGGUGUUGUCAUGUGGUUACUAAGGUGUUGUUAGGUGUUACUCAGGUGUCAGACCAUGAAGGUGUUGCUGUGUGGUUACUAAGGUGUUGUUAGGUGUUACUAAGGUGUUGUCAUGUGGUUACUAAGGUGUUGUUAGGUGUUACUCAGGUGUCAGACCAUGAAGGUGUUGUUAGGUGUUACUAAGGUGUUGUCAUGUGGUUACUAAGGUGUUGUCAUGUGUUACUCAGGUGUCAGACCAUGAAGGUGUUGUCAUGUGGUUACUAAGGUGUUGUUAAGUGUUACUAAGGUAUUGUCAUGUGGUUACUAAGGUGUUGUUAGGUGUUACUCAGGUGUCAGACCAUGAAGGUGUUGCUGUGGGGUUACUAAGGUGUUGUUAGGUGUUACUAAGGUGUUGUCAUGUGGUUACUAAGGUGUUGUUAGGUGUUACUCAGGUGUCAGACCAUGAAGGUGUUGCUGUGUGGUUACUAAGGUGUUGUUAGGUGUUACUAGGGUGUUGUCAUGUGGUUACUAAGGUGUUGUUAGGUGUUACUCAGGUGUCAGACCACGAAGGUGUUGCUGUGUGGUUACUAAGGUGUUGUGAGGUGUCACUCAGGUGUCAGAUCAUGAAGGUGUUGCUGUGUGGUUACUAAGGUAAUAUUAGUGUUUUUCAGAGACUGUCUGUCUCUCCAGCAGCAGAGUCCAGUAUGCA